CUCUAAUCCUAGUGAACAAACCCUAUGCUUUAGGGGUCGAGUUUCGACGUUAUGACUCGCUAACUAGCUUGUGGCGUGGAGUUAAACCGAGACAGCGGUAUUUCUUAUCCACUUAAAGUGCGCAGAUGAGAAUAGAUGAAACUUCAGUGUUAUGUAUAAAUUAAAUCAAAUAUUAACUUACUAAAUGUGAAUAAGGGGAUCUAGCUGGCUAUGUAAUUGGGUUUAUCGGAAGGAAAAAACUGCACAUAACGUGCAUUUGGUCCUACAGUUCGCUAGCUAGCUUAUUAGCCAGCUACAGCAUGUAACUCGACGUUUGCAUUGCCGUUCACCAUGCUUAAGUGCGACGAUUUUUAGUCAGAAAGGGAUAAAUAAUUCUAAGGAAAUGUUUAAAGUGCUGGUCUGAUAGCGGGGUCUGCUUGGUUUAUUGAUAGACUGGUGAGUUGGUGGGUGGUACACAGGUAAUGUCAGGGAGCACGAAUACAGCGCAUUUGACUAAGCAGGCAGCUUUAGUAUUAAAGUGUUAGUAUUUAGUAGUAUUAGUAUUAAAAUGGGACACCUGACAAAAUGCCACACUUAAACUUUGCAGGAACAAGAUGAUGAAAAAUUGGGGUGUCAUUGGCGGAAUAGCGGCAGCUAUGGCUGCUGGAGUCUAUGUCCUUUGGGGUCCAAUAGCGGAGAGGAAAAAGCGGAAGAAAGGUAUGGUGCCUGGGCUUCUGAAUCUCGGAAACACCUGCUUCAUGAACUCUCUGCUCCAGGGCUUGGCAGCCUGUCCCUCCUUCAUCAGGUGGCUGGAGGAAUUUACAGGCAGGAACAAUCUGGAUCAGAACCAGGUGGAGAGGGAGCCUCGGCUGUCCAGGACCCUCCUGCAGCUUCUAAAGGCACUGUCGAGUCAUGAGCCCGGGGAAGAUGACGUUCUCGACGCAGGCUGUCUUCUGGAAGUCCUCCAGCUCUACAGGUGGCAUAUCAGCUCCUUUGAGGAACAGGACGCACAUGAGCUCUUUCAUGUCCUCACCUCCUCCCUGGAGGAGGAGCGAGACCGACUGCCCAAGGUCACCCAUCUUUUCGACAUGCAGUCCCUGGAGAGUGUCCCGGAGGCCAGUGACUGGAGCAUGAGUUGCAGGAGUCGUGGCCCCCUGCACCCACUACCAAAUCCCUGGAAAUCCCAGCAUCCUUUUCACGGGCGCAUGACGAGCAACAUGGCCUGCAAGCGCUGUGAGCAACAGAGUCCUGUGCAUUACGAUUCAUUCGACAGCCUCUCUUUGUCCAUCCCCCCUGCACCACUGGGUCGACUUGUUACUCUGGACCACUGCCUCCAGCAUUUUAUCUCCUCGGAGACUAUCAAGGAGGUGAAAUGUGAGAACUGCACCAAGAUGCAGGCAGGCGGUUCGGUGGGGGGGCGUGUUGUGGAAAGCCAGAGGACGACAUUCAUAAAGCAGCUCAAACUGGGAAAGCUGCCCCAGUGCCUGUGCAUACACCUGCAGAGACUCACCUGGUCCAGUGAGGGCACACCCAUCAAGAAACAGGAGCACGUCCAGUUCACUGAGUACCUGUCCAUGGACUGCUAUAAGCACAGAUCCACGGGUCAGAGGUCGCUGCGGCCGCUGCGGACCCAACGGAGCGUCCCAGCAGACAGCCAGGCCGAGGGUCUGGAGAAGAAGCCUUCAAAUGGAAUAGAUACUGAGCACUGCAACAAUAACAAGCCCCUCUCAAAUGGAACCUGCUCCUCCGGCUAUCUCCAUUCCCCUGUCCUCAGUCCACAGUUCACACUGAUCUACGACUACAGCUCUUCUGUGUACCUCUUCCGGCUGAUGGCCGUGCUGGUCCAUCAUGGGGACAUGCACUCAGGACACUUUGUGACGUACCGCCGGAGCCCUCCCUCUCCCCGUGGCUCCUCCCCCUUUAGCGCCCACUGGCUCUGGGUGUCGGACGACUCAGUGCGCAAGGCCUCCUUCCAGGAGGUGCUGGCCUCCAACGCCUACCUGCUUUUCUACGAGCGGGUGCAGCGCCCUGGACCGAGGCCAAAGGAAGAGGGAGGGGCCGGCUAGGGCCAGAGAGUCUCCUGGUUCCACCUGUGUCACCCACCCCCACCUAGACUGGUCACUGUAAUCCUUUAGCCAUUUUGGGGUCCCAUUUGUACUGAUGAUCCUUGCUGUUCCAGAGAGCAGUCCCCAAAAUGAGGCACGGACACCGUCCACAUACAAGGGCAGUGAUGGACUUUGACUCUUUCAGUGAGUCUCCUAGCACCUUUCCAUCAGAUGCUUGCCUUCUGUACUUCACUUUGUCUACAGGAGCUGUAUUUCUAACAUGAUGUGAGGUACUGGGGGAACGUAGACGAUUGAUGCAGGAAUGCACACAUGGCACUUGGUGGCCUCAACACACGGACAGCUACUCAUGUAAUUGCUCCCCAGGAAUGAACAGUUAAGCCACAAAGCAUGGAAGCAUACUGUAAAAGGGAGAGCAAAUUUAAAUCCCAUUUUCAUCUACUGAAGAAAUCGGGGGAACAAGCCUCUCGCAUAACUCUAAGUUUACAUCUCAGAUGGUCACCCACGUUCUAACAUCCCAGAGACUGACUGUCGGUUGGAAAUGGGCAAGUCUACGGUUUAAUUUCACUGAGUGUGGACCAAAGCAUCAAAACAAAAUACAAAAAUGUUUAAAAAUAUUCUAGAGGUACCUAUGUCGAUUCUUAUGAUUCACAAGCUUUAAAAUCCAAAUGACCUGUAGCACUUUAGUAUGUGAUUUACAAAAAUAAUUAAGCUUGACUAGACAUAUUCUACAAAAAGGGUUGUUUGUAUUAAGACUUUUAAAGGUCUGCAAAAGGAUACAUCAUUUAAUCGCAUUUGGGUUAUUCAGUAGGGUAAUUGUGAUACACAGCACAGCGUCACUGGUUUUCCUGUUGUCCUUGACUGUGUGU